CGUCAAUUAGAUGUAGUUUCCAGGCGGAUUUGUUCACAGUGUCGUACAGCAAUAAUUACGUAAUUUCCUCCUGUUAGCACAACAAGGGAAAGCUAACUUUUUAGCCUCGAAAAUGAGUUUGUUUUUGCCUAAAUUAACGUGCAAAAAAGACAUAGAUGAAGUUAUCAAAGGCGUAGCAGAGAAAGUCGUAGUUUUGAGGUUUGGGAGAGACGAAGACUCGAUUUGUCUCCAGCUCGAUGAGAUUCUGUCAAAAACUGCACAUGGCCUAAGCAACAUGGCAUCCAUCUACAUUGUUGAUGUGGAUAAAGCUCCCGUCUACACAAGAUACUUUGACAUCAGUUACAUCCCUUCCACUGUUUUCUUUUUCAACGGACAACACAUGAAGGUGGAUUAUGGCUCCCCAGAUCACACCAAGUUUGUCGGCAGCUUCAAGACCAAACAAGAUUUCAUGGAUCUGAUUGAAGUCAUAUACAGAGGAGCCAUGCGUGGGAAGAUGAUUGUCCAGAGUCCCAUAGAUCCUCAAAAUAUUCCCAAAUAUGAUCUCCUCUACCAUGGAAUUUAAAAUCAACUCCAACACUUUGCGGCCUUAUUUCUUUCUGAGUGGCAACAACCACGUCUGGUUGAUUGACUGACAAAAAAUAGCUUUACCUUUCAAGCAACCAUCUGAAGAAGGUUUGAUAUUAAAGUGUCUCAUGUUCAUUUUCACAUAGAAGGCAAAUGACAAAGUACAUUGCUCUGUACUCCUUUUCCUCUUGCUAUGUUUAAAGGUUCCCUUUGGAGUUUUUGACCUUAAUGAUCUUAACGCUAUAGAGCAAUGUUUUUAUGUGUGGUUCCCAGUUUGUUUGCUCUAAUGCACACAUUCCACCCGGUUUCACUAUCAACAGGUAACAUUUAAACAAAAAACCACACACACUAAUGUGAAGUCACUGUGAGACAGUGGAUAAGAAGACUGCAAGCCAACAAACAUAGAUAGAGAUAAACUUUUAAGAAAAAGGAAAGAAAAUGCAUUAAAUAUGUUUGUUAGACCUCAAAAAUACAUACAAUUAGUCUUGGUAAUAAACACAGACUGUGAACACAAACAUUUGUUUAUUUACAAGAAAAGUCCAGUGGGCACUUUUUUUUGGAAAUACAGUUACUACCAAUACCAUAAACUGUUUACAAAGAUGGACUAUGCAUCUCCACUUCCUCCCACUGUACAAAAGUGAAGCCAAAAUAUUCCAGACACAGGUGCUGCCAUCUUGUAAUUUUGGAGCCAGAGGCUGCGCAGUAGUGAUCGGGCGGUGAAGCCACGUUAUCAACAUCCCGCCCGACCAAUUGCAAAUCAAUCAUGACGUUUCAGCAUGUUUUUAUAGCAUCAAAUAACUAAUAAAACCUAACUUAUCAGAAAAUUAAACACUUGAACAAACAACGUCAUAAGAACUACCUAAAAUGACAGAAACAAUCUUUGGGGCAAAAAUCAUUUGACGUGUACUUUGUUUUUUUUUAGUUUAGCCCAUGUCCCAUCCACUAACAUAGAGGGGGGUGGGGACAUUAUGAGCUAUACUGCAGCCAGCCACCAGGAGGCGUUUGAGACUUCACUUUUGGGAAUCUGUCAAGCCAUUCAUCUUUAUAAACUGUCUAUAAUCAAAACAGGUUGGAAAGACUGAGAUGUAUUAACAUUUAAGACUUGAUAGAGACAAUGUGAGUUUUGAUAAGGUUCUGCAACUGUAUUCUGAAUUUAUUUAUUGUAAAAAUGCAGUGUCAUCUUGAUAUUUCCCAUGGAAAAGAGCUGUAUAUCAUCAGAGAUAUACAAUUAAUGUAAUGUGCAUGCUCUUUUUUUUGUAAUAAACUUUUAUAUUUUA